AUGUGUAAUGGCGAUGAUCCCAUCCUAACAGAGAAAGGAAUUCCCUUGGCAGAUAAAGUGGAUAGAUCCGCCGACGAACUAGAAGAAUCUACAAAUAUUCUGAAAGACGACAAGUUGAAUGCAGAUGCGAUGAAGCUUCUCGCGAAAGGAGCACAAGGAAUUCUAUCAGGAACCACCGAUCUCCUCGAAGCGUUUGAUGAAAGUGAAGUAAGAGACAUCGUAAAACUAAUCGACGAGAGUCUGGCAGCUCUAGAGCCAUUGCGCAGGGUUGGAACUGCCGCAGAGCUUGUAAAGGAGGUAAAAGCUGUCAGUCUCAGCUUACUUAAGGUGGCGCGAUCUAUGGAGAAGCGACGCGCUCAGCUUCAGGAAGGUACACAUCUGGAGAGCGUGAAAAUGGAAAUCGAGGCCGUGAAGAGUGUGAGUCCUUUGAUGGUGUCAGCGUGCAAGACGCAUCUGCUGCACAAAGACAAUGAAAACGCGGUGAUUUCCAGAGAUGGAACAUUGUCGCAGAUAUCUUCUUCCUUGAACAAACUGCGAUUCCUCGUUCAGCUGAAAUUCUUCAGAAAGGAGGACUUCUUCGGUCACGGCAGCAGUGGUGGACAUUUGGAAGAUAUGAUGCUGGGCAAGAAGCAAGGCGACAAAGUAGCCAGUGAUGCACUCUUAUCAACACUCGAUGAAUUCCUCCGUGACUGCGAGGCUGUAGCCAAGAAACUUGAGGAUGGAGAGGAAAAGAGCAACAUAUUAGCGGAUAUUGCUGGUUGCCGUUCACUCCAGAAAGAGCUGACGCAGGCAUUCAAGGCUUUGUCUGAAAACCCCGACGACCCUGCGUGCCAUCGGCAGGUAGCCGAGACAUCUCAAGAACUCUACGAGCGCGUUGGCGAGCUCGCACUAACGUCGAAGCGUGCUCUAGCGCGUAGAAACAAUGAGCUAGUGACCAAUGCUCGCCUACACGCAACAGAAGCGAUUUCAGCUGGUAAGACUGGAGACCCUAAGGAGACUGAUGCGAACUUGGCUGCACUAGAGGAUGAUCUCAACGCAUUGGAGGGUGUAUCGAACCUAAUCUCAUAUCUCUCAACGGAUGACGAAAAGGCACACAAAGUCAAUGAAGCCAUGGAUGACGUGAAGGGCUAUACUCCGGUUCUCGCUGCUACUUGUAGAAUGGCCGCAAGCAUCCCGGAGGACAAGGCUCUAAAUGCUCAUGCAAGCAUGGUGAAGUCAGAGUGGGAUCGAAAAAUGGAUAAGCUUGAAGACGCGACCGAUAGGGCUAUUGAGAAUCAAGGCCUAACUGUCGGUGUUUUGGAGGAAGGUAUGUUCAAAGAUAUUGCAGCUGUCAAGACCGCUGCUGAAGCCCAUAGCAUGGGUCAAUACACUCCCGCGUGUGUUGUCUUACAACAACGAGCGGAUAAGCUCAACAAGCUGCUCGCAGGUGAAGCCGAUCGCACCGGAGUGCUCACAGAGAAAGAUCUAUUCAAGACUCACGGGCAGGCACUGACCUACGCGUUAAAUGCCUUCAAUGCAUCCUCUCAGAAGGUGGUUGAAGAUGGAAAUGACGCUGAUUCGGCCACAAAGGCCAAGCUCGCUAAGGAUGCUGCUGCUAUGGAGAAAGCAGUGAUAGUCGCAUGCAACGCUGUUGGCUGUACUGAUAGUCUGGCCGAUAUCGAAAGAAAGGAGCUACAAGCGAAGGAGGGCCGCAGGGUGCAGAAGGAGUUGGAGAUCAAGCGCCGCGAAGAGGAAUCGAAGAACGAAAAGCUCAAAUUGGAACGUGAAGCGGAGGAGCGAAAAGCACGUGAGGCGGCAGAAGCCGAGCGCAUUGCUGAGCUGGAGCAACUGGAGAAGGAGAAGAUGGUCAAACUGCUGCAAGAGGAGGAGGAGAAGAAGCAGUUCGAGCUCAAUACGAUUGGACAGGCGGCCGAAGCACUGCACGAGGAGGCAAAUCAGUGGGACGAGAACGACAAUGAUAUCAUCUGUCUGGCAAAGAAAAUCGCGGAGUCCUUCAACAAGAUGGCUGUGCUCGAGGGCCAGCAGAACUGCAAGCGCGAGCUGAUCACGCUAGCCAAAACAAUCUCUACGGAUGCGCGUGAGAUGGCUAAGCUCGCUACGAAGUUUGCCGAUAACUGUGCCGACAAGAGGCUGAAAGCCAAUCUGCUGAAUACCGUCGCCGUUAUGGAAACCAUCGGAGCUCAACUCAAGAUCAUCGCCGCUGUCAAGGCUUCGAGCCCUGGAGAUCAAGAAGCAGACGAUCAGCUCAACAUCUGCGCUGCAAAUUUAAUGGGGCGGUGCCAGGAGUGUGUCAGUCAGUGCCACUCAGCAUCGAUCAAACCCAUUGAUGCCAACCACCCAUUAAUGGAGAAGGUCACUUGGAGAAAGAAGGUCUACCGCAACAGAGAUUGCAAGUUCUGAAUCGGAAAGAGCAAUUCUCACAAGCUGCGCGAGUAGUUUGUAAUUUCCCGGUAGUAGGUUGUGAGUGAUGUGUGUCCCGCGAGUUGUACUUGCUGGCGAACACGAAAUAAAGUUAAAC